UAUGCAUGCGUUCAUUUUGGUAAUUUAAUUCUAAGUGCUAACUUAAAUGAGCUUGUACAUACAAUCACUUUCGGCAUAAAAUUUCAAAGCAUCCAACUUAUCAGAAAAUUAUCUCAUCGUCGAAAUUGAAAUAUUCGUGUUCAUUGUAAUUAAGCUACUGCACCGUGACUGACGGCAAAUUCAAUCAAUUAAAAUAAGUAUUUCAGUCGUUUGAUAUUGUGCUAUAGUACAUAGAAUGUUAUUACUCAAAGUGCGGUUUUGUUGACACAGUAAUAGUUCAUUUUGAAUACAUGAUUAGAUACUUGUAUGUGGGAGCUGUGCUAGGUUAGAAAUAACUCAUUCUGUACCGAGAUCAAUAGUGCGCUAAUACGCACUCUUUCAAAAGUAGUUCUGCUCAAUUCAUUUGUUCCAUUGAAACUGCUGCUUUAAGACUCCUACGAUGCAGACACAACAGAAGAUUCCAGGCAAAUCGUGACAUUUGAGCUUCUAUUAUAAAAAUCACAUCAUUUGCAUUAGUUACCAAUUAGCAGUAUAAUGACAUUCGUGGUAAACGUUCGUAAAAUAAUUAAAAACGUCACCGUCGAACCUACCGUGUUCUUUUACUUCCUUGCCAGCGCUUUACUCGAUGUAUCGGAUACAAAUUUAUAUUUACAAAAAGCAUGCAGAUCGAAUUGCACUUCAGAACCGGAUCUCGAUACUCCUUGCGACGAUGAAAAGCAAGGAAUCCAAUUUGUGUCCUCGGUGAACGGCACUUACCGAUGUUGGCAAUACCUAGUUAUGUUGAUGCUAGUCACUUUGUUGAUGUCGUGGAGCGACGAUGCAGGAAAGCAACGCAAAAUAUUAAUUAUUUGGCCAAUUAUCGGUAUAAUCGGGCAAUCGAUGAAUGGAUGUCUGCAGACGUAUUUUUGGUCGUGGUCGCCUAUGGUAGGAGCCAUAGUUGAUAUGAGUAUUCAAGCCAUGAGCGGAGGAUUCUGUCUGAUGUAUUUCGGAGCUCAGCUUUACCUCUGCGAUGUGACCAGCCCUCUUGAUCGUACUAUGAGGAUUGGUGUCUUGUUGUCUGUCACAAAUAUAUGCCAUCCUAUUGGAAAUGGAAUAGCUGGAUUUUUAAUCAGAGGCAUCGGAUUUUUUCAUUUGUUCUCGUUAUGUGUGCUGCUGUCAAUGGCCUCUUUGGUUUCGGCUGUGGUUUUCAUCGAAGAUAUUUCUGUACCUGUGUCUCAUGAGGUUUCUAUUUUGAGCGUAUUGAAAUGUACGCGAGUUGUGGACAGCUUUAAAGUCACUUUCAAGAGGAGCUUGGGCAGGAGAAGAAUUAUCGUUUUGAUGCUACUUUUGGUACACGUUGUUGUGCUGUAUUCUAAUGAAGGAGAGAAAACGAUAUUCUAUUUAUGGUUAAGAUAUAAAUUCAAAUGGGAUGAACGGAUGUUUAGUGUUUACCAGACUUAUAAGAUGAUCGGUAUAAUUAUAGGUACAAUGUUUUGUUCGAUUAUUCUGAGUAAAAUGUGUAAAAUUCAUGAUGGAAUUAUUGGUGCAUUCGCUGGAUUUUGGGAUAUGCUGGCUGCUUUGGGUUAUGUGUUUGCUAGUCAAUUGUGGCAUUUAUAUUUGAUUCCUUUGCUCGAUAUAUUUCAUGGAACUGCGAUUGCCAUUUGCUUUUCUUUUCUCACAAAAUUCUACAAAAAUGACGAAUUCGGCAGAUUGAAUGCUGUUUAUAUGACGUUUACGUUGUUCGUUCCAUUUUGCCUUCCUAUUUAUAAUUUCAUCUUUCAAAUGACUAUGGAUACGUUUCCUUCGGCCGUAUUUGUGAUCAGUGUGAUGAUAGAUAUCUUCGUUUGUUUACUUUAUGGCGGAGCGUAUGUGCUGACCAAAAAAUGUGAAACUGAAGAAUUCUGUAAAUCUGUUCAGCCGUUGAAUACGAGUAAAUUCAGUUAUGAAAAAGACGCGGAGGAAAAAAUUUAUUGAGACUUUAACGAUAUAGAAGAUUUAUUCGAGAUGAAACUGGAGCACUUGAUUCAAUUUUUUAGUCAGAAAAAUUAUUAAAGUGAUACGAUCUGAUUAUUGGGGUAUUAAAUUUUAAACUUUCAAAAUGACAGCCUCCUUAACCUCUCUUUUUGAAUCUGGCUUCACGAACACCCGCCAAAAGUUUGUUGAUCACCUGAUUGAUAAAUUCGCUGCUGAUGAAGUUUGAAAAAUUUUAGUGUUUUUCGUGUUAUUUUCAGUAUAUGAGUACUUAUACUUAGUUGAUAUUUGAGAAACCUGAAAAAUUGGCGGAAAAAAGAUUAGGUAAAAUCACUUCUCUGGAAGACUGAACUCUUUGAUGUUUAUGGUAGGUAGAUAGCAUAGAACCUCUCAUCGGUAUAGUAAACUCGAACUGGAUAAAAUUUGAAAUAAAGUUCACUAUUUGGUUA